AGUGGCGAAGGGCGGGGCUAGGGAUUAAAAGGGGCCGGCUUGAGCCGUGACCUCCAGCGCCUCCGCCUCUCGCUGUCCGGUGCGCACGCGCGGCCGGCUGACGAGCCCUUGCCGGGUCGGAGCAGGCGUGCGGAGGAGGCUGCGGGGCGUCGGGCCGUCGGAGUGGGCGGGCGAGCGGCGCCAUGAGCGGCUACAGCAGCGAGGAGCGAGCGGCGCCCUACAGCCUCGAGUACCGGCUAUUCCUCAAAAACGCAAAUGGAGAAUACAUAUCGCCAUUUCACGACAUUCCGAUUUACGCAGACAAGAAUGUGUUCCACAUGGUCGUGGAAGUACCUCGAUGGACAAAUGCGAAGAUGGAGAUCGCAACAAAGGAUCCUCUAAACCCGAUUAAGCAAGACGUCAAAAAGGGAAAACUUCGCUACAUUGCCAACGUCUUCCCUCACAAAGGUUACAUCUGGAACUACGGGGCCAUCCCUCAGACUUGGGAAGAUCCAGGACAUAAAGACCAGCAUACUGGGUGCUGCGGGGACAACGACCCGAUUGAUGUCUGCGAGAUUGGGAGCAAGAUAUGCUCGAGAGGAGAAGUGAUCAAAGUGAAAGUUCUGGGCAUAUUAGCGAUGAUUGAUGAAGGAGAAACUGAUUGGAAAGUCAUUGCAAUCAACGUGGAUGAUCCCGAUGCUCCUAGCUAUAAUGAUAUUAGUGAUGUCAGAAAGCUGAAACCUGGUUAUCUAGAAGCCACUGUGGAAUGGUUUAGAAAGUACAAGGUGCCUGAUGGGAAACCAGAAAAUGAGUUUGCUUUCAAUGCAGAAUUUAAAGAUAAGGACUUUGCCACUGACAUCAUUAAAAGCACUCAUGAUCACUGGAAGGCAUUGGUGGCGAAGAAAACAGAUGGAGGAGGAAUCAACUGCAUGAACACGACCGUAGAGGACAGUCCCUUCAAGUGCAGCAUGGAAUCUGCCAAAGCCAUUGUAGAUACUCUGCCACCACCUUGUGAAUCUACGUGUGUCAUUCCCACAGACGUGGACAAAUGGUUUUAUUACCAGAGCAACUAAUGGCCCUUCAGGAAGACCAGCCAGCGUUGUUGCAUUCCCUUGGUCAGGAAAUCCUAGAUUCCAAAGUCGUAGCUUUGAAGAGGCAGCUUUUUGAAGCCAAAUUCCAUGUUAACUAGUUGUGUCUAUCCAGAAUGUUCCGUCCUCCCACAAGCAGCUUCUCCCUAUCCCUGCCUGCAUAACAACUCAAUGCGUCCCCAGGGCUGGGCUAGAGAUAAUUGGAAAGCCCUUUGUGGAGAGCUAGGUGUGCAGAAGUAAGCAUGCUUUGGGUGUAUGUGUUUACCAUAUGGUAGGAAAUAAAAUUAUUUUGCUGAAACUGA